GGAACGCAGGAGUCAUCAUAGAAUCUUUUACAGCAAAAAAAAAUAAAAACUCCUUGUGGCGUGACACCAAUGGGUUUUGAUGAACAGGUCCACCCGGUCUUGAACUUCCUUCAAUGUAACAUACCAUUGCAAAGAAACUAAGAAACCUUCCAGGAAGAACUAGUACUAAGGGAGGGCCUCGAAAGGGAUGUGGCUUCUGCAUGCGCCGUACGUCAGAUAGUCAACUUUCCUUCAACGGAGUUCUCAUCAUGUUCUCUCAAGUCGUUUGGAUUUAAUCCAUCGGAGGCAGGUGCGCUGUCAGGGGUCAGCGGAUUUUGGAUCUCGAGUGAGGACAUCAGAAAAAGGGUAAGCUAAAAAGAGGCAGAAUGCGGGACAUGCUUGAGACACUGCGCAACGUCAGCGAGGCCUGGGAGGAUGAGGAGCACAUGGAAUACGACGAGAGCAAGCUGCCCAAAGAUCAAGAGGCGAUCGUCUUUGAGAACUCCUUGGACAUUGAGAGGAUCCUGAAGGAAGCCGAGUCCAUCCGCAAGGAGAUUUCCUUGCUCCUCUUGGAGGUGGAGCGCCUAAAGAAGAACAACGAGCGCUUUCGCACCACUGUCCGUCACCUCUCCUCGGUCAAGCGGGACUCGGACGAGAUCGCCAGGGGGAUCCAGAAACAAGGGCAAAUGCUGCAUACUCGCAUUUUGGCACUGGGUGCGGAGAGCACAAAGAUGGCGGAAAGGGAAGGGCCCAACUCGGCUUCGAGCCGCAUCGCUUGCAUGCAGUUUGACUCGCUCAUCCUUGCCUUCCAAGCCGCCAUGGGGACCUACAACCAGGCGGAAGAACUGCAGCGUUCGAUUAGUAGGGAGCGAAUCCAGCGGCAGGCCUCCAUAUUAGGGACGAAAAUCACUGACGAGAAACUCAAUGAAAUUGUCGACAAAGGAUUCGAAGGCUGGAACGAGUUGUCGCAGAGUCUGCCGACUCAAGAGGGUCAUUCCUCUCGCUGGGCAAUGACCGAAAUCAAAGACCGGCAUAUGGAACUGGUGGAACUGGAGGCCCGGCUCAGGGAAGUCCAUGAACUGUUCGAGGAUAUGGCGAAGCUGACGGAAGAGCAGUGCUCCAUGCUGGAUAAUAUCGAAGCCAAUGUGUCAAACACUCAACACUAUAUUCAGAAAGUCAAUGUGGCGAUCACAACAGCGAUAAAGUACAAGAAAAGAAAUCCCUUUUUGCAAUGUUGCCCAUGUCUACCCUGUUGUAGACAAUAAAGUAGAACAAUGAAAACUA